AUCUCCCCAUAAAUCGAGAGAGAUCCUUUCGCAUCCUCUGGUUUCCCCCCUCUCUCUCUCUCCAACUCUCUCCAACCUUUCAGAGUCCACUCUAUUGUAUUGUCUCCGGAAAGAGAAACCCCUCUUCCUCUUCUCCUUCAUUCAAACGAGAACAUCAUUUUCCUUGAAAGCUUUCUGAAAUCUUAGCCUGAAAAGUACUCUUCAUAAUUCACGAAAAGCCUCUGCAUCGAAUCCACCAGCAAGCAGAGGAAAAGGUAUAUUCCGAAUGCACACGACAAUGCGAAAAACAUCCCUCGGCCCAUUACUCUUCGCUUCCAUUCUACCCCUACUCUUUAACCACUCACUCGCCAGCUUACUCGCCGAACCGGCACAACCCCUCCAACCGGGCGACUACCCGACGACUCCGAACACGGUCCCAGCAUUCCCGGUCCAGACCCAAGCCCAGACAUGCCGGCUCGACCUCUCCGCCGAGCUCUUCGGCGGCGUGAAGGACGCCUGCAGCCACAACCUCGAUCGGAGCCGCUGCUGCCCCGUCCUGGCAGCCUGGCUGUUCGCCGCCCACGCCCGCUCCGCCCUUGAGGUAUCGGCGGCGGCGGCGCCGGCCUCGUCAGACCUCCCCAUGAUGCCGGACGACUCCCAGAAGUGCGUUAACUCGCUGCAGAACUCGCUGGCGAGCCGGAACAUACGGAUUUCCCAGCCCAACGCGUCGUGCGACCCCGUCCUAUGCUUCUGCGGGAUCCGGCUGCACCAGAUCACGUCGUUGAGCUGUCCGGCGGCGUUUAACGUGACGGGGACGAGGAGCGCGACGCCGACGGUUGCAGUGAGGAAUCUGGAGAAGAAUUGCCGGAACUCGUCUUACGCCGGUUGUACGAAGUGCCUCGGAGCUCUGCAAAAGUUGAAGGUCGACGGCAAAAACGGAAGCGAAGGAGCGGGCGGCGACAACAGGGCGAGCAAGAUGUUCAGCCGGGACUGCCAGCUGAUGGCGCUGACGUGGCUCCUCGCCCGCAACAAGACGGCGUACAUACCCACCGUCUCCGCCGUCCUCCGCGCCAUCAUGUACAGCGCGCACCCCCACGAGUCCACCUGCAGCCCCGACCAGGAGAACAUGCCCCUCGCCGUCAACUCGCUGCAGUUCGACAAGGCAGACUCCUCCUCGUCGCCGCCGCGGUUUCCUCCCUCUCCGGUGACCCCUUCUCGGUUUCCACUUUUGCCCCUAAUCUUUCUUGGUUUGCUGGUGUUGUUUUGUGUCUAGUGAGCUAGCGUUUGUUUCUUUCUUCUGGUGCUCGCAUCAUUUUUUCCUUGAUGAUACCCCCGCCCUCGGCUUUUUUCCUGUGUAUGAAGUUUGUCGGGUAAUUCACGUGAAGCUAGUUGACAAAAACGGGGGCGAUAUUCGGAGGGUUCCCUUUUGUCUUUUUUGUCCCCACUGUAUAUUUUCUGGGUCACGCAUUCACAAUCACAUGUUCUGAUUUUUUGUAUUCCGAGGAAAUCUUUUUACCUGCUCGUUA